GAACCGGACAAUGAUUUCGCGGACUUGGACCAAUGCGCCGCGGCUCUGGAGAAAGAUGCUGCAGCCAAUGGCGGCGGGAUUCGGGGAUUCCCCGACCUCAUCGGCGACGACACCAACGACGAAAUUAUGUCGUCGGCUGCGUUCAAAGACUUGAUAUCCGACAUUAGCAACUACUCGGACUAUCCCGAACUCAUGAAGGAGUUCGAUUUCGAGGACAAGCCUAGCGAGAAUGUGAAUAACAUGAAGGCUGAGGAUAUCAAAGAUACAGUACCCACGCAGCCUGGCAAUGACCUCAAGCAUACCCAGAGUCCCUUAUUGGGCAACCAAAACAAUUUUUCGCCGCCGGUAUAUGAGAAAAAUCCGGCAGCAGCCGUCAACGCUCGACUGCCCUAUUCCAACAUGGACUUUACCAAGACCGAAUUGAGCCCAGCUGCGCAGACGUUAAAACAGAUGGCGGAACAGCAUCAACACAAGAACCAAAUGGGACUAAACUUUAAUCCGGCCAAUGGGGUCCUGGUGUCUGCUGGACAGCAACUCCACCUCAGUGCUGAUAUCAAGGGCAACGUUUCAAUAGCAGCACAGCAAGGCAUGCAUUUCACGCAACAACAGCAACAGCAGCACAAUGCAUCUUCGGCUGGUUCACAGAAUCCCACAGGUGGAGCUAAUGCCCAACAUAGUCCUAUGUCUUCCAGUCAACAUCAAACGGGUCCCAUGUCUGGAGGAAUGGGUUCUCAAAAUCCAAUGAGUCAGGGCAACAGUCAGCAAAUGGGCGGAAACAUGAACCCAAUGAACCAACAGAUGACAGGAGCACAAAUGGGCGGACCUCAAGGUUUGGGCGGUAUGCAAAACCCCACUGGAAAUAUGGGCGGCCAAAGCGGUAUGCAAGGUGGUCUUGGUGGUAUGAUGGGCGGUCCUAAUAUGUCCCACGGAAAUGUACUGAGUGGUCAUCCAGAUUCGUAUUCGAUGUCGCAAACGCAAACCAUCAACUUUACGCAGCAGACUUUGAGAAGGGCGACAGGUCCACCAGGUAUGGGUACACCAAUGGGCGGUCCUUCAGCCGGACCAAUGGGCGCGUCGACUGGUCCUCUGGGUCCGCGUCUAAUGUCCGCACAAACGUUAGAACAGCAGAAAUUGCAACAGAUGUUGCGAGCGCAGGCGAUGCAGCAGCAACAACAGCAACAGUUGCGACCUCCACCGCCGGAUUACAAAACUAGCGCAGGCUUGGGACAAGGUAUGCAACCCCGAUACGGCGCACCAGCUCCCCCACCUAAUAUGCGCAGGAUGCCACACCAACCAAUACCACCAUCAGGUCCAAUGAUACGUUCCAACGUGUAUAUGUUACAACAACAGCAACAGCAGCAAAUGGCAGGACGUUCUAUGUUUAAUCGACAGCCUGGUCCGAUGGGUGGUAUGGAGACAAUUCAGCAGAAUAAUUCGGCAGAAUGGCGUCAAUUGUUGAUGUCCCAACAGCAGAAUGCGAACUUUGGUGCAAUGAGGCCAUCUUUCCAACAAGGUGGAUUUAAUAUGAAUAUGGGAGGAGGUUCGUUGCAACAGAUGACGGCGCUCCAACACCAACAGCAACAGAUGCGCGCCCAACAGGCGAGUAUGGGAGGCGGCCAGGGAGGUAUGGGUCAUGUGAUUGGAGGUCAGGGCGGUCCCAUGGCCCAGAUGAAUUCGAUGAAUCAGGCGAUGCUGCACAUGCAACAACAGCAGACGCUGAUGCAGCAGCAACAGCAACAGCAGCAGAAUUCACAGAUGUCAAUGUCCAACAUCCACAUGCAACAGUCACAGUCCAUUUCCAUCAGCGGCCAAUCGAUGCAACAGCAGCAACAGCCUUCCAACGGCAAUAUGCUCACGAAUACUUCGAACAAUUCCAACAGCGCGAACAACGCCCUGGCCUCGUUCAAUCCGCAAACAACGGAUUUCAAUUUUGAAUUCCUAGACAAUCUUUCGGCCACCGGCGAUACCGCCGCCUUUACAGACCAGGAGCUGUUGAAUUCUUUCGGCGCGGAUGCCGGAUUUCCUCUCGAUUUCUAAUAGGUAACCGCGUAUUGUUGGGAAGUAUUUCGUACAGUGGAUUUUAGAUGAUCUACAGAAGAAAAUGUGAUUGUAUCAAAGAAAGUAUUUGAAACAGAAAUUAAUUGUUUUAGAUCAAAGAUAAUUUGUAAACACUGUCCAAGAAAGUGUACCAAUCAAAAUAUAUUAUAUGGUUUGUGUCAAAAAGUUUGCAAUAAUAAGGUGAGAAAAUAUUAUUGAAAAAAGCCAAAGAGAAAUAUUGCUCAGGAUUUGAUUUUAUGUCUAUACCGGGUGUUUUUCAAAAGUGGCUCUCAUAUAACUUUUUUUAAAGAGAUUUGUUAAAAUGGGCAUGGGGAGUCAGGGAACACAAUAAUUCAUUUAUGGCAUAUUACUAACAUAACAAAUCUCUUUUUUCUAUCUGUGGCGCCUACGCCAUUGCCGCCUCCAACGGUAUCAGGCCCGGAAGUUCGACGGCGCAAACAGGUACUCCAGCCUCGAGAAGUUUUCUCUUGCUGGUCAUGAAGGCCAAGUCCACAGAGAAAAGAAGAACCGAGUGACAGUCCGCGUUGUCAUCCGUCAACGAAGUCAGUCUCAGUUAGUCAGUGAAAAGGGCCGCCAGCUAGUCAGAUGUGCUCCUUCGUUUCUGUUAAAUUUUAGUCCAAUUUAUAUUAAUGUUAAAUAAAAACGUUGUUAGAACACGCGCCGCAUUUCAAUACGACCACGGUCACAUCCCUAAAUAUUUGAAAAUAUAUUAAAGUUAGGGGUGAGCCACUUUUGAAAAACACCCGGUAUACUAAAUAUCAUAAUAUACAGAUACUUCAUAUCAUUUUUCUGUACUGUCUAGUAAUGAACCGUAAAAAUAUAAAUGCCAAUUUUCUGAAUAUAAAUGCCGGAUUUUGCAUCAAAAUUUUAAAUCGCACAAGUAGGCGUUUACGAAAAAUGUUGCAUCUAGG